AUGGGGCAAGCACUCUUCGUUUCACAUCAGUGGGUCACCAAGUUACACCCAGACCCAGAGUUCAAGCAGUUCCGGGUAUUGCAAGAGGCAUUGCAGAACAUCAUGUCGGGUCUCAGCCAAGUUUCGACGGACAUGAUCACGGAGGCAAUAUUUGGGCUUUCCAAGGCGAUUUCGGCCUCUGAAUUGCAGCCGGGCAACAUCUUCUUGUGGUACGACUAUUUUUGCUGUCCACAGGACCCUGUCCUUACACUCCAUUGUUCGGGACCACAAGGAGGAAAUGCCAUCGAGAGCAACCAGCAGCGAGCAAUCAGCAGCAUUCCGGCGUACAUCUCCAAAUGCAAGUUCUUCAUGGCGCUUUGCCCGGUCGUUGAGAGCCCAGACGAGUCCCAAGUGUUCAGCCAAUUCACAUGGGCUGGCAGAGGAUGGUGUCGCGUGGAAGAAGCAGUCCGGGUACUGUCGCGGCAUGGUGGAUCUUGGAUAUUGGUCAAGAGUGCCAAACACCAGGAGAUCACAACGCCUUUGACAGUGGAUUCACCAGGUGACGGCCAAUUCAGUGUGGAUCAGGACCGUGCUGCUGUUGCUCCUGUAUUGAAGAGCGUUUUGAAGAGCAAGCUCCUCAUGCAUUUGGUGCAGGGUGACUUUGUCAACUACCGAAUAUUAUUGAACCAGCAAAAUGCUCGUCUACGGGGUCUUCCGACAGACAGCAACGAUGAUUUGGUGCCUGGGUUUGAGCCACCGUCCCAUGCAGGCAAGGCUGAAACGGUUUUGGCCAAGUUUCUGUACCAGAACGGAUUCAAAAAUCCGCUUGAGCGUGACAAGGCCGGUUGGUCAACCCUGUGCUACGCAGCAGUGAGAGGUGAUCCGGACUUGCUGCAAGCCUUGCUGAGCUGUCGUGCCAAUCCCAACGACAAAAUCACCAGAGCACAGCCCCAGCUUGGCAUCGACAAGGGGACUCCGGUUCUAGGGUUGUGCGCGAAAUUCAGAAACCAUGAGUGCAUGAACCUGUUGAUAGCUGCUGGUGCAAGGAUCAGUGUUCGGGGCAUUCUCCAAACUGCGUUGAGCUGUGCCUGUUAUGUGGAUGAUGCAGAAGCAGUGCACCGGCUCUGUGACUCAGGAGGUGAUCCCAACGAAACGAAUACGUUUGGGGUGUCUGCUUUGCGGCAGGCCUGUGUGACAGGGUCCCUUCAUGCAAUGGCGGCCCUGUUUGAGCAUACGGACAAGUUGGACAUGUCCCUGUCGCUGCACUGGGUUGCCAUGGGACAGGGCGGAUCUGCGAAGGCCAUCGACAUGUUAAUCAAUGCCCGGGCGGACGUAAACGAACGGUAUCGACCAAACAUGUUCAGCCCGUUCGGCAUGCUUUGGCGGAUCAAGGGGCUUCAACAUAAUCCCGGUGGAAGAACAACACAGCUUCGCAUUGUUGGUUACCAUCACUAUGGAGCCACACCGCUCAUGAUAGCCAUCAUAUGCGGAAACUACGAAGCGGCAGCAGCCCUCUUGGUGAGAGGAGCAAGGUUGGACUUGCGAAACUCCCGGAACAAAACCGCCGCAGAUCUUGCUCGUGAGAUGUCUUCGCCCGACUAUUUGAUGGCAGCUUUGCAGGGCCAGAUGGCAAAAUGCAAUUCCGUAGUCGAACAUGCGCAGGUGUGA